AUGGUCUGGUCUCUGGUCUGGGUCCUGCUGCUCUCUGGACUAGUUUCAGGUUUUGAUGAGAGUCCGGACUUGAACCAGGAUGAGGACCUGUUCCACCCAAGCUUCACGGCCGACACCGAGAGCAGAGAGGCCUCCAACAGCGGCACGGACCAGACCCACGUCUCAGAGUCCUUGGAGCCCAACUCCCUCUGUGGACACUUCAGCGCUGAAGCAACCUCCGGUGGCGGUUGCCGCGUCGUCGCCAUGCUCCCAGCCGGACCCGGAACGUUGCCACGGGAGCGCUGCCCAGACCUGUUCCGAUGCAGAUCCCAGGUGUCUGAUUGGUCGAGAGAGUCUACGGGCAGGAAGCAGGAGCUGCAGCACAUCAGAGAAGCUGUGAGCGAAGUGAAACGAGAGAGCGGAGAAAACCACCGGAGAGUGAAGGGGCUGGAGUCCGAAGGCCAUGUAUCGUUGAACUCUUCCUUGAUUAGUCGGCUGACUGCGUUGGAGUCUCGUCACACAGAGGUCUCCACACUGCUCCAUGUGCACGCUGCACUUGUGCACGAGAUCCAGCUCCAGCUCCAGGUCUUGAGCAAGACCCUGAGGUCCACCUGUAGUCUGAAGAGCAGAGCGCCGCCUGUGGCCAUCAGAGGGAUGGCACUCUCAACGCCCCCUCUGGGCUCUUGUCCCUCUGAUUGUGCUGCUCUCCUGCAUCAUGGCGUCCGGCGUUCAGGGAUCUACUCCAUCGUGUUGGCCCCAGGCGUGUCACUUCCUGUUUAUUGCGACAUGGAGACGGAUGGGGGGGGGUGGACCGUCCUCCAGCGGCGUGCAGACGGCUCAAUCAGCUUUAACCGUGGGUGGGAGGCGUACAGCCACGGCUUCGGAGACCUGCGCUCAGAAUUCUGGAUGGGGAACACACCACUCCACCUGCUGGUCACCCAGAGACACUGCAGCCUGAGGGUCCACCUGCAGGACUGGGACCACGAGACUCAUUGGGGACUGUACCAGGACUUCAGGAUCGAAGACGAGCAGAACCUCUUCCGUCUGCACGUGUCUGGGUUCUUGGGUUCCAUCUCGGACUCGUUCGGCUGGUACCAUGACGGUCAGGACUUUGCCACUCCGGACUCGGGGGAUCUGUGUGCAGAGGUGUGCCACUCUGGCUGGUGGUUCCGACAGUGUUACCAGGCCAACCUCAACGGGGUCUACUACCAGGGAGGACUGUACUCUCUCCGGGCUCAGAAUCUUCUCGGUCCAGAUGGUCUGGUCUGGUUUUCGUGGACGGACUCAGACUUCUACUCCCUGAAGUCUAGUUCAAUGAUGAUCCGCCCACAGGACUUCAGACCCUACAGGUCGCCAUGA